UGAGGGCGCCUCUAGCCGAGCCGGGCGCGCAGGCUCGGUAGCUCGCGCGUCGCCUCAGCCCGUCGGUCCGUCAGCGCGUGAGGGAGCUUCGCCCGGAGCGGCGGCGGCAGGACGGGGACCGGGACCGGGACCGGGCUGCUGGGUCGGCCGGUCGGUGUUGGAUGGAGGCUCCCGUCCGCCUCGCCGGUUCUCACUGGAAUGUCCUGGGGAGCGUCUGUCGAGCGGGAGCGGAGCCUCUCUGGGCGCAGCAGCCAGCGCCGCGGCGGUUGAGAGGUUCUUCAUUGAGCCAUAUUACUCUGAAGCUCUCUGCCACCAGCCUUUGUAACUUGGCAUUAUGCAUCCUGAUCCAUUACCUUCACACAAACUUCUUUUUCUUUCAGUUUUCCUCUCCACUGCAGCUUCAGAGUUGAUUCCUCACUUUAUUUCUGAACCUCUUUCUACUGUCCAGAAGCCAGGAGCAACUAUAAAGCUUUACUGUUCCGCUGAACCCUCUACAGCUCAUCUCUCUUGGAUAUUCAAUGGAGAGAAAUUGCAUAAGAAAAUAGAGCAAGUAGACCCACAACCUGGAUCCCUUACCAUUUUCUCUCUUAGCCCUUCAAAUUCUGGAGCCUACCAGUGUGUUGCUAAUAACAGUAUUGGUGCAAUAAUCAGCAGGCCUGCAACUGUGUCUCUAGCAUAUCUUGAUGAUUUUGAAUCUUCAUGGAGAAACACAAUUUCAGUGGAAGAAGGGAAUACUGCUUUAAUAGGUUGCAAGCUACCAAAAAGCAAUCCAAAAGCACAGAUUCGCUUCCGUGUACGGGGAAAAUGGCUGGAACAAUCAACAGAAAACUACCUUAUUCUCCCAUCUGGAAAUCUGCAAAUUUUGAAUGUAUCUUCAGCUGACAAGGGAAUUUAUAAGUGUGCAGCAUAUAAUCCGGUUACUGAUGAUCUCAAACUUGAACCUACUGGACAUAAGCUCGUAAUCAGUAACUUUUCCUCAGCGGAUAUUCAUAUUCUUCAUCCAACCAGUUCUCAGGCAUUAGCAAUACCUCAACAUAGACCUCUGACGUUGGAGUGUGUAGUUAGUGGGCUGCCUGUUUCUUAUGUUCACUGGUAUAAAGAUGGCAGAGAUGUGCUCAUUCAGAACAGAUGGAACCUCUCUCAUUCGCAUCUUACCAUUGAUUCUGUGGAUCUAUCCGAUGCCGGAAACUAUUCCUGUGUAGUCCAAGAUGAUUCUGGAGUUACGAAAUAUGUGAACUACAGCAUAAAUGUGCUCGAACCCGCUUCUAUAUCAAGAGGAUUACAAAAUCAGUUAGUGUCUUGGGGCAAAAAUGUGCAUCUAUCCUGUGAAAUACAUGGAAACCCUUUACCUAAUGUUACCUGGUAUCAUAAUGGCAUUCCCGUCCAUCUUUCUUCCCGGCACUUUCCUUCAGGAAACAAGCUGAGAAUAAAUCAGUUUGCUCCAGAAGACACAGGAUUGUAUCAGUGCUUAGUAAACAACGGCAUUGGAUUUUCACAGUCCACUGGGAGAUUUCAUUCCCAAGCAGACAAAAAUUCCAAGCCAAUUAUAACUUCACUGCCAGCAAAUACCAAAACGAUAGAGGGUGACAGUGUGUCAUUGUCAUGUAAUGCCACUGGAUUGCCUACCCCUGUAAUUCGUUGGUACAACAGGCAUGGAAUAAUUAGCACCCAUCCUUCACAGGUGCUCUACUCAAAAUCACAUAAGUCAUCCCCCCAAUCAAGAAGUGGUAACUCCAUUGCAGACAGAGCCUACUUCAUUAUGUCUCGCAGUGGGUCAAGUUCCUUAUAUAUUCAGCCUCUUACAGCAGAGCAUGCUGGGAAAUACAUCUGUGAAGCAACAAAUGAUUAUGGACUUGCUCGUUCAGAGACUUUUCUUACAGUUGUUCCCUAUGAAGCCAGUACAAAAACCGAAGCUCCUCCUUUUGAAAUUGCCCAGAAUGAUGAUGGAGACGGAGAUCUUGUUGAUUCAGAAAUGGGCCUCCCCAGAAAGUCUCCAGCCGAAAUUCUUACUGACAAAACCGCUGCAGAAAAAAAAACCAGUGGCAUUUCCCCACCCGAAGCUCCCAUCAUUCUCAGCCCUCCACAAACACUUAAGCCAGACCAGUAUAACCUGGUCUGGAGAUCUGGAAAGGAUGGUGGUCGACCAAUCAAUGUUUAUUUUGUGAAAUAUCGCAAGCUGGAUGGCAAUGUUACUAAUUGGUAUACAAUUCGUGUUCCUGGAAGUGAAAAUGAACUUAGUCUUACAGAACUGGAACCUUCCAGUCUAUAUGAAGUCUUGAUGGUUGCAAAAAAUGAUGCUGGCGAAGGUCAGCCUUCCAUGCUUACUUUUCGUACAAGCAAAGAAAAGUCAUCCUCUUCAAAAACCUCACAGACACCCUCUCAACCAAUUGGCAUUCCUAAACAUUCUGUCAUUCAGGAAGGAACAACCAACAAUUUUGGCGUGGUCCUUCCAGAUCUGUCUCGACAUAGUGGCGUUCCUGAGGCACCAGAUCGGCCUACUAUUUCAAUAGCAUCAGAAACCUCUGUUUGUGUCAAUUGGAUCCCACGAGCAAACGGUGGGUCACCCAUCACUGCCUUUAAAGUAGAAUAUAAACGUGUUAACAGAAAUAAUGAAUGGCUAAUUGCAGCAGAUAACAUCUCUCCAUCUAAACUUUCAGUGGAAGUUGACAAUUUGGAUCCAGGAACUGCAUAUAAGUUCCGUGUAAUUGCUGUUAAUAAUUAUGGGGAAAGCCCUCGAAGUUCUCCCUCUCGACCGUAUAACGUGGCUGGCUUCACCAACCGAUAUUCCAACCGCCCCAUCACAGGACCUCACAUUGCUUAUACUGAAGCUGUCAGUGACACCCAGAUCAUGUUAAAGUGGACUUAUAUUACUUCAAGUAACAACAACACGCCUAUCCAAGGAUUUUACAUUUAUUAUCGUCCAACGGAUAGUGACAAUGAUAGUGAUUACAAGCGAGAUGUUGUAGAAGGUACAAAACUGUGGCACUUGAUAAGCCAUCUACAACCUGAAACAUCGUAUGACAUUAAAAUGCAGUGUUACAAUGAAGGAGGAGAAAGUGAUUACAGCAAUGUGAUGAUGUGUGAAACCAAAGUGAAACGAUCACCUGGAGCAUCUGAAUACCCAGUAAAAGACCUUAGUACACCACCUAAUUUCCCUGACCGUGGAAUUGGAAGCAAUGCAGGGCAACCAAAUGGUUCAGUCCGGAGUAGCAACAUGUUGUAUCUCAUUGUCGCCUGUGUCCUUGGAGUGAUGGUUUUCAUUCUGAUUGUCUUUAUUGCCAUGUGUUUAUGGAAGAACCGUCAGCAAAACACCUUGCAAAAGUAUGACCCUCCUGGCUAUCUCUACCAAGGUACAGAUAUCAAUGGACAGAUGGUUCAGUAUACAACGCUCCCAGGCACAAGCCGCAUUAAUGGUGGUGUACAUGGAAACUUUAUCAGUAAUGGAAAACAUAAUAAUGGAUGCCUCCACCUCCAUCAUAAGGUUGCUAAUGGAAUGAAUGGGAUCGUGAAUGGUGCCAUCAAUGGAGGAACUGGGGUUUAUCCAGGACAUUCUAACUCCCUCUCCAGAACGCACAUCGAAUAUGAACACACCCAUCACAUAGGAAAUGGUGGUGACGUAUAUACAUCAGUCCCUCAGACAGAUCCUUCAGAGUAUGCCAAUUGCAGGAACUGCUGGAAUAAUAACAGAUGUUUCACUAAAACCAGUGGCAAUUUUGGCAACAGUUCUGUACCAGUGAUGGCACCUUAUCAGCAAGACAGUCUAGAAAUGAAACCAUUAAAUCACAUGAUUGUGGCCAUGUGCUUGGCAUCCACAGUCCCUGGAUGCAGCAUUGAGACUGAGGAAAAUGAUAAGGAGAAGGCAGAAUCGCCAUCACAUCAGGACUCUUGUGGCCAAGAAAAUGUGAGCCCACUCAAUAUGAAUUGUACAUCAGAACACAGUGCACAUCUGGAGACAUCUGAUGCCACAUUGAACUGGAGCCCCCUUUUUCAUCGGCCAAUUUCAAAACACUGUCAUGAAAAGACCGAAGUGAUUUCAAACGGGAGCAUUACCUUGGACAGUUUGGGGGGACAUCAACCGCUCCAAAUACAAGAGACUUAAAGAAAUGGUCUUCCUUGAUACUCCAGUAAAGCCAGUAACUGCACAGCAGAAUUGCUGGAAGGGACGGACAACAAAAAUAUUAAUUAUUAGAAUCACUAUUUAUUUUUCAUUUUGAGAUGCAGUAUCCUAUGAAUGUAUGUUUUAAAACACCCUUUUGCUGUUGUGUAAUUAUUUAUCCCUGGAAAAACCAAUCUCCCACACCUCCCUGAAUGAAAUCAUUGUGAUGAGUGAUGAUACUAGAGAUCAGUGUUUCUCAACCUUGGCACCUUGAAGAACUGGCUGGGGAAUUCUGGGAGUUGAAGUCUACCCAUCUUCAACAUAUCAAGGUUGAGAAACACUGUUAUAGAUGAUGUCUUCCUUGGACAGUGACCAUUGGAAAAUUACUGCUGCGGUUUGAUGUAAAGGUUUUAGCAAAUAUACACAAGGGAGAACCUCAAGCCCAGGUUGGACUGCAGCUUAUGAUUAUAUACCCUAUUUCCCCCAAAAUAGGACAUCCCCUGAUAAUAAGCCCAAUCCGGCUUUUGAGCUCAUGGUAGUAAGACCAAGCUCUUAUUUCAGGGUUCAAAAAAAUAGAAGACAGGGUCUUAUUUUUGGGGAAACAUAGUAGCUAAGUGGUAUGAAUCAGAAGAAUUCCAGCCUGUCUCAAAAAUUACAAGCUGUUAGUGGAAUCAUGAUAACUUUCUGAAGGCAUAGUAAUCUGGACUUGUUGAUUCAUUUGAUGCUGAAUGAUUCUCAGUAAUUCCAGCAAAGUCUUGCUGAUUGGCAGUUAGACUUAUGUAAGUGAAUGUAUUUAAAAUAUACAGUUGUACUUAGGCUGGUUUGGUGAUAGUGAGAGGAACAAGGCAGGCCUUGCAAUAUUGUCACAACAACAACAAAACUGGCAGUAGCAUUUAUAGCCACCUGCUCAACAAUAAGGGAACACUUGAAUGUGACUAUUCUGUAGCACUGUCCUUUGUUUUUAUUCUAAAUGUUUUAAAAUUUAUCUUUUGGUGUUCUCUUGGUGUGUCUCACAUACAAAUACUGUUCACUUGUUACGUAUUGUGUUACUUUUUUCUCACAACAUAGUAGUGUGUUGUGCAAAACAUAAGCUAGGGGAAGAAGAAGAGCUUGGCAUGUAACCAUGAUAUAAGAAAAUUGGCAGAAAUGUCCUCAGUUGAAAAUAUCCCCUCUUUUCCUUCUCUUUUUAAAGAAAGCAAAGAGUUUCUAUUGCUUUAAAGGUUGCUUAAUUAGCCUAACUGAUUGCAAGUCAGGGGGAUGGUUUGGAACUUCCAUCUGUAGUAAUCAGUAAUUACAUUUCAUGGCAUUUUUGAAAUAAAUGCUAAGAAUAUUUUAGAAGUAGAAACAGGUUGCUCUUCUCCAGAAUUUCAUCCCAACUUUUACACAACUUGGAAAAUUGGAAUGCAAGAUCAGAAAUACUAAUUCCUUUUCCUUUGGUCAUAUAGAAUUGCUGCUUUACCCAAAGGCAUCCAAUGCUAUUAAACUAUAAAGUUCAAUUUGUCCUUGAUUUGUACAAAAAAUGAUGUGUGUAUCAGGAAAACAGCUGCGUAAUUCCUCUUCCCCUUUCAAGUUUAACCAGUUUGUGUACAAUGUGAAAUAUCUAAUAAUCAGAGACCCUGAGUUCUAAAGUGCAGUUGGCCCAAGCAAUAGGGAUUGGUUUUAUAAUUGGAGCAAGGAUUGAAAAAUAAACCCAGAGGAGCAGGGCUGUUACCAAGAGUAAUAAUGCCAUAAUAAAAUUAAAAUCUGCUCUAAAAGACAAAAAGUGGUGCCCAACGGUACCAUUGGCCACACUGAAUAAUGUGUGUGUGUGUGUGUGUGUGUUUGUGUGUGUGUAUGACUAAAAAUGGGCUCUAUAUUUUUUAUAGCUAUUGCAGCAGAUAUCAAGUGCCGUGUGUAUAUAUAGUGUGUGAUUAUUUUAUAUGAUGUAUAUUACAUAAUUUUAUAAAUGUGACUCCCUUAUGAGAAUUUGCCGUGUGGGUAUGGGUUGCUAUGCAAGAUAGGGUUUUGAUGCAAAAUGCUGCUUGCUUUACAUUGAAACUUACAGAGAAGGAUUGUUUAUACAAUUAAUUUGGAAAAGGUUUUCAAGGUAUGCUACAUGAGGGUGGGACCAGCAUCUCUCCUGGUUGAAUUAAAAGGAGAAGUGUUUUUGGCCAGCCAGAUUGUCAAAACAUUUUUCGACAGCAAGUUGCUUCUAUCAGUUCCAUCUUUACACAGCCCAUUUGAUCCAGAAAAGCCCAGAUAAGUAAUGUAAGAGAUGAUAUUAUUAUUUGAAGGUAGAGAAAUGUUAGCCUCUUCCUUAACAGAAUCUCAUCAAGAAUUCUUUUUCUUAUAUUGUGACACUGUUUUAAGUGUUUUCCCCUCUUAUUGUAUUUUAUUUAUGAAAGUUAUAUAUUGUCUUUAUAUUUUAGGGGGAUCAUGUGUUCCUUCCAAUCAUAGAUGCAUAUAAAUGUUAGAAAGCAUAUACAGGUGAUCAGUUCCUGAAAUCUUAAGUGCUCAUUCCCCUAUUUACAUUUGGAUUGGUCUGUUUUGCCCAAGAACUGGUCGGACGAUCUCAUUUGGCAGUUUUACCCUUCCAUUUUAAGUUAUAAUGGCUUUUCAAAAUCAUUAAACCCUUCUGUGAGAAUUGGGUCAUCUUGUUUAAGCUAUUUGAAUGACUCUUCUUCCUUUCUUCCAGCCUUUAGGUUUGGACACUGUGACCCAGAACAAAUCUUCUUCAAUUGUUAAAUUCUCUAGCAUCUUCAUCUGUAUUAGAUAUCCUUUGAAUUGUGGCAUGGUGUAGCUCAUUUGCAGAAUUUCCUAUUGAGAUAUAUUGCAGCAGAAUUUAAACGCUGUAUCUCACAAGAGAAUUCCUCAUUUAUUCUCACAAAAAAGAGAUGCAAAUAUGCAACUCUAUAGAAAAUGUUUAUUGCAGUUUUUGCCCAGAAUUUAUUCAACUCACAUUUUGUUCACCUUUGAGUUUGACUAAGAAUGAGAUGAAUUGGCAGAGCAAUUUCUAAUUAUAUGAUCAACAUCCGUAUUAUCCUGAUACAAUGGAUAAGUAAAGCUACUGGUUUGAAGUAGUUGGUUAAACUCUACUCAUUGCCUGUACAUAAUAGCUAUCAGGAAUUUGUCCUAUGAAAAUCUGUGUAACCGACUUAUUGUAAAAGGUGGUUUUGGUGCAAUAUGGUUUUGAUUUGAACUGUUUCCCUGAAGGUGAUCUAGCUACACAAACUCAGAAAGAUGUUAUUCUCAGAGAUUUCUCCUCUGGUCUUUGAAAAGUCACUUCACUAAAUAAAGUAUUGCUGUUUAAGCAAAAAGUGUUAUUUCAGUUUAGUAUGAUUUUGUAAUUUAAUUUAAAUUUAAAGAUGCAUGUAUCUUUUGUCAUAUAAAAAUGUUAUAUUUUCUUUUAAAAGUUGUAAUAUUCUUUUUUUAAAAAAAAAACACUGUACAAAUGUUUAAAUAUUGUAGGUUUGGGCGGAAUUUUCUUUGUGUUUAUAAUAUUAAAGAGAAUAACACUG